AACCUGGAAAUUUAAAAGCUGCCGGCUGGCGCGCGUGGGAGGGAGGGGGGAAGCUCCCACGCGCCGGCCCUGGGUGACAGCCGCACGUCUCGGCCAGGAUCUGAGGGAUGAGAUGUGUCUCCACCGAGGUGCCCCACAGCACCCUGCGUUCUACAUGGGCUGAGAAGCUGGACCUGGACAAGAGGGCUGGCAGCAAUGGGCUCCUGGCUGGAUGCUAGACAGCUGGUGGCAGUGAGGAGGAGGGGCCUCGGCAUCUACAGGGCUGGGAGGAAGCAGGACUGGAGUGCGUGAGAGCCCCCGCCUCUCCCCGCUGGGCCCACCAUGGUCCAGAGACUGUGCGUGAGCCGCCUGCUGCGGCAUCGCAAAGCCCAGCUCCUGCUGGUCAACCUGCUGACCUUUGGCCUGGAGGUGUGCCUGGCCGCAGGCAUCACCUACGUGCCCCCCCUGCUGCUGGAAGUGGGGGUAGAGGAGAAGUUCAUGACCAUGGUGCUGGCUCAUUGCUAUGGACAGUGCUAUCACCCUGUGGCAGUUCCUUCUUCAGCUCCUCCAGGAGCCUCAGAAUAAGCACAUGAUCUGCUGGACCUCUCAUGAUGGGGAGUUCAAGCUUUUGCAGGCAGAAGAGGUGGCUCGUCUCUGGGGAGUUCGCAAAAACAAGCCAAACAUGAAUUAUGAUAAACUUAGCCGAGCCCUCAGAUACUAUUACGUAAAGAAUAUCAUCAAAAAAGUGAAUGGUCAGAAGUUUGUGUAUAAGUUUGUCUCUUACCCGGAGAUUUUGAACAUGGAUCCAAUGACAGUGGGCAGGAUUGAGGGAGAUUGUGAAACUUUAAGCUUCAGUGAAGUCAGCAGCAGUUCCAAAGAUGUGGAGAAUGGAGGGAAAGAGAAGCCACCACAGCCUGGUGCCAAGACCUCUAGCCGCAAUGACUACAUACACUCUGGCUUAUAUUCUUCGUUUACUCUCAACUCUCUGAACUCCUCCAAUAUGAAGCUUUUCAAAUCCAUAAAGAUUGAGAAUCCAGCUGAGAAACUGGCAGAGAAGAAAUCUCCUCAGGAGCCAACACCAUCUGUCAUCAAAUUUGUGACAACACCUUCCAAAAAGCCACCACUUGAACCUGUUGCCGCCACCAUCUCAACUGGCCCAAGUAUUUCUCCAUCUUCAGAAGAAACUAUCCAAGCGUUGGAGACUUUGGUUUCCCAAAAACUGCCUUCUCUGGAAGCCCCAGCGUCUGCACCCAGCAUAACUAGUGCUUUUACCACCACCCCUCCUGUUUCGUCCCUGUCCCCUGCUUUGCAAGAGCCGCCUAGAACACCCUCACCACCGUUGAGUUCUAACCCCGACAUCGACACAGACAUUGAUUCAGUGGCUUCUCAGUCAGUGGAACUUCCCGAGAACUUGUCACUGGAGCCUAAAGACCAGGAUUCAACUUUGCCAGAAAAGGACAAAACAAAUAAUUCAUCAAGAUCCAAGAAACCCAAAGGAUUAGAACUGGCACCCACCCUUGUGAUCACAGGCAGUGAUCCCAGCCCCCUGGGAAUAUUAAGCCCGUCCCUGCCGACAGCCUCUCUUACCCCAGCACUUUUUUCACAGACGCCCAUCUUACUGACUCCCAGCCCCUUGCUCUCCAGCAUCCACUUCUGGAGUACCCUCAGCCCUGUUGCUCCCCUGAGUCCAGCCAGACUACAAGGUGCUAACACACUUUUCCAGUUUCCUUCUGUACUGAACAGUCAUGGGCCGUUCACUCUGUCUAGCCUGGAUGGACCUUCCACCCCUGGCCCAUUUUCCCCAGACCUACAGAAAACAUAACGUAUGCAAUGUGGAUUGAGAAACUGGGGAACAAAGAAACAGAGAGACAUUCAACAUCUUUACAUUUGAAGUGAGCAGUUGGUAAUUUCACAAAGCUGAUAAUGGAUUGUUGUGAUUUUUGUCAUUCCCCAUCAAACUGCCUUUUAGGAUUCCCUUUGAAUAGGACUGAAGUUGAACUAUGUAUGAAAAUGCCUUAAUUGGAGUCCAGACUCCACCUCCCUCUCUUUCUGUUUUCUUUUUCUUAAUAUUUUGAGCUUUGUAUUAAAGAAAUUUUUGGUGGGGCUCUGCCUUGCAAGAGCAAUUAAGGACAAAGUUACUCAUUCUGGCCAUUGGGACCCUUUGGCCAGAAAAAAAAAAAAUUAUGCUUAGAGUAUAUUAUUUUAAGAGAUAUUAGUUAGAUGAGAUCUUUAGGACUUCAGUGUGCUCUGUUGAACCACUAAAAAUGAGCUGUAACGAAUCAUUCCUGUUCACACAGAGUAAGAUUGGAGCAGUACUAUUGGGGAGAUUUCUUUGUUGUGAACUGUGACAUAUGUAAGCAACUCCACAAAAAGCAUCUUGUUUACAUUUAUUCAGGGUGGGUGUCUUAGCCGUGAGUGUGAUCUAUCUGAACCUGUCAACAGAGCACGGAACUAGUCUACUGCAGUGCAGGAAGAUUUUUAAACCUGGGGUUGGAGACAGUGUUGGGAACAUCCAGUGAGAAUACGGGACCCCACACCUAGCGUGGAAAUGUCUGCUGUCUGGGUGGUGUGAUUACAUAUCCCUGCAAUACAGCAUGGUCAGUGUUGGCUUUUAAUGGAGAUGAACCUGGGUUUUUUAAAAAUUGAGGGGCCUUUGAGGAUUCAGUUAAUAACUUGAAAUAUGAGAGAUGUUUUCCCAGAGAGAAGAUACUCAAAAGUAAAGGAUCCUUUUUUCUGCUCACUUUACCUCAUUUCCUAUUGAAUAUUUAUCUUCUUUCUAUUUUAAAUUUAAGGUUCUUAGAGGUUGUGGUAGUUUUAAAAAUGUAAUUAGGAAGAUGAAAUGCAAAGGGAAGCCUCCAAGUAGUGAGGUAAAGAUGUGCUUAUUUCUUCCAGUUGAUUUUUAAUUAGGAAGGAGCAGAGUUCAUUUGGGAAUGCUCACACAUAGGGAUUGGAUUGUUUGUAUUAGUGGUAAACAAUUUAAGCCUCAUGUCUAAAUCACCACAUUUAUAAAAUAUUACCAUACAGCCAGGUGCAGACAGAUUUGUUGAUUCCCCCAAAAUGAGUUGAAAUCGUUCCCACAGUGGGACCUUUUGUUGAUGUAUUUGGCUUUAAAGUCCAGGGAAAUUAUAUGCCACCACCACCACCCUGCCUGUUAAACUAUUCUUUUAACCAUAGAAAUAGUUCCUGUAAUUGAGCCACAUGAACUGAAUGGGAUGAGGCAGUAAGGACUUGAGGGCUGAAAAUGAUGCUGAGACAAACCAGCGUUUUCCAGAUGCCUAAUAUUCCCUUUAAAUUGUUUAUAUACAGUGUAGAGAAGGUCUUGUAUUAGACAUCUGUGCUAGUUCCUUAGGAAUGGAGAGAGAAUAUUCAGGAGUGGGCUUCGACGUGGCGGUUGGAGCUGUGUUACUGGUUCUUGUGUGGUCCGCAGCCGAAAGCUCUGUUCCUGAGAAGUGCAAUAGUAGAGUUGGACGGCAGUGCUCAGUAGUGAUGGGAACAGGCACGUUGAACUUUCUUGUAUUGAUUUAGUCUGCAUGCCCGUUUGAAAUUAGACCUAGACCUCUCAGCAGCACUUUGAAAUAGUUUAUUAGGUUCAUUAACAUUUUGUACUUUAAGUGAUAAAUAAAUAUUGAUGACUUAACUAGAAAUUUUAAAUUUUCAAAGCACAGAAGUAUUUUACCUUUUUGAAUUAAAGGAGAAAAGCCAUUUGUUUGUUUUCAGAGACGCUGUCUUUGAUAAUUAACUGUCUCAGCACAGGGGUGCCUGGAAACCAUAGCUAAAAGGCAGUAAAGCAACUUCAGUAGGAACCAGUUCUGUGAGUCCUCUUUCUAUAAACCUAUCCAGGAAGCCUCUGAGAGGUGUGAGGCCUUAGGAGUUUGAUGAUGGCCUGUGUUCUCUUUGAGAUCAGCUAAUUUGGGGGAAGCUUGAGUGUGUGUGUUUUCCUUUUAUUAAUGAAAGUUUACAACCUUAGCUCAAGGUAUAAGACAGAAUAUUCUGUUUAUAGACUGCCUCCUUCCUAAAUAAGUCGUAUUUGUUUGAACAUACAGAAUUCUUAGCAUCAAAAGGUGACAUACCAUUUAACAUCAGUAUUCACUGGAGAGACGUAUUUGAUAGUUGGAGUGGUAUCCAUCAUUUGCCAGAAUGAAUGCUGUUGGGCAGCAGUGGCCUACAUUGAAGAAGGGGAGCAGGUUGAAUGGGGUUUUGGGACAUCUGCUGUCAGUGAUUAUUUCAGCUUUUCUUUUGCUCUGGCCCCAUCCACUCAGUGGUGUGCUGGAAAAUAUUUAACAACCAUGCUGUCUGGAGGAAAAAUAAGCUCUUAAUUUGUAGCCUUUGCCCAUGUCUGUGGGGUAAGUUACUCCCACUGUGGCUGAUUUCAAGCCACCACCAUGCAGUUGGGAAGAGAUACAUAGACUUGGCUCAGAGCCAAUGCCAGUAAGCCACUGCAUUUACGCCACCCAAGAGUGGGUUUUUAUGUAAUUUCUAAAAUAACUUUUUUUGUUCACAUCUGAUUAUUUGAAGUACAAAAUUAAAGUUACAUGUCUGACCUUAGUAAUCCUUUUUUUUUUUUUUUUUU